AUGGGCUGCUGUGUUUCGGUGCCAGCAGUUGAUGAAAUCGACCGAUUGCACAGCCAUCAAAUCGAUUCCCAGUUACGGGCCGAGAGGAUAAAGUUACGGAAUGAAGUCAAACUGUUACUCCUAGGCGCCGGAGAAUCCGGGAAAUCGACCAUCGUCAAGCAAAUGAAACUUAUCCACGAUGGCGGAUUCACGCGCGAAGAACGUCUGGCAUAUCGCACUGUCAUCUUUAGCAACACUAUUCAAUCGAUGCGCGUCAUUCUCGAAGCCAUGCAAGAACGAGGCAUUGCCUUGUCCAAUCCUUCCAAAAAUGGAAGUUGUUUCGAUUUGAUUGCACGGCAACCGACUCAGGUCGAAUACACCGUACUGCCUAUGGAUAUCACCCGUGCGAUCCAAAGCCUGUGGGGAGAUCACGCCGUACAGACAACGUACAAACGAAGCAAUGAAUAUCAACUGAAUGACUCAGCAUCCUACUACUUCGAUUGCAUUGAGCGUAUUGGCGAAGCGGAUUACGUUCCUACCAAUCAGGAUGUACUACGGUCGCGGGUCAAGACCACAGGGAUUUCGGAAACACGGUUUACCAUAGACGAACUGACUUACCGGAUGCUGGAUGUGGGCGGACAACGAUCGGAACGCAAGAAAUGGAUCCAUUGCUUUGAGAAUGUCAAAGCCAUAAUUUUUUUGGUCGCCAUAUCAGAAUACGACCAAAAUCUUAUGGAAGACGAGAAUGUGAGUCGCAUGGAUGAAGCUUUCAUCCUUUUCGAAUCGGUUCGCCACUCAAGAUGGUUUAGCAAAACAUCCAUCAUUCUGUUCUUGAACAAAACCGAUAUAUUUCGUCAAAAACUGUCCUAUCGACCUCUGCAAAACUAUUUUCCCGAUUACCUUGGAAACAACUACGACGCUGCGUGCGAGUACUUUCGACGUCGGUUUGAAAAUCUCAACAGAGUUAGCAACGAGAAGCAAGUCUAUACUCACUUUACGUGCGCGACCGAUACUGAACAAAUUCGAUUUGUUAUGUCUGCUGUCAACGAUAUCGUCUUGCGUGAGCAUCUUCGAACCGUGGGUCUUUUGUAA